AUGACAGGGCCAGGUCCUGGUCGCUAUGGGCUUCCUCCAACCAUUGGCUUUAUUGGUCAUGACUUCACCAAGCCAACAAGCCCUGCCUAUUCUUUCCAUGGCAGGAUGAGUGACAAUAUAUAUUGUGUUGACUCCAGUCCAGGGCCUCAGUACCACGUUGAUGCAAAAAUCACUCGCUUUGGAAAGGAUGGCACACCCGCAUACUCCAUGUUGGGCAGAAAGAAAGCACAGAAGGAGCUAUUCCAAACACCUGGACCAGGUGCAUACAGCCCUGAAAAAGCCCCACCAUGCAACCUUCAGCGCAGACCCCCAUGCUACACAAUGGGCUCUCGCACACACUACCGCAGCAUCGACUCAGUGCCUGCUCCUAAUAAGUACUGUCUCCCUCCCCUCAUGGGCCCUCAAGUCCCAAACAAACCAGCCAGUGCAAGCUACACAAUAUCAGGUAGUUACAGCACAGGUGGACCAUCUGUGGAUUUAGCCAAGACACCUGGACCUUGCAGAUACAACAGUACGGACCCAGGUGUAUAUUUAUCCCGACAGCCAGCAUUUUCCAUGCUGGGACGACACAGCUUACCCAGAGAUGCCACCAACAAACCUGGUCCUGGAACUUACAAUCCAGAGAGAGUGACAGCUCACAAGGCCCGGGCCCCCGCCUUCUCUCUGGGCAUCAGACACUCAGAAUUUGUCACCCCACUAGUUGUCAGUGUUUCUGACUGA